CACAAGCCAACCCCCUCACUGUGUCGCUAUUCAUCUUUCUCUUCUUUUGUUCUUAUUUCAAAAUGAGGGGCCAAUCUGAAAGCACUCAAAGACAUCAAUUGGAUGACAAUUCGAUGCCAAUGCAGCCCCAGUGAUAUGCUCUUUUCUUUUUGUAUGUUACCCCUCUUCGCUUGAUAUUUCCAUAGUUGUAAAUGGCUGCAGAUUCAGCCUUGUUCGCCGGCAGCCCUCGGCACAGGACAUUCACAUCUGAGCAUUCUCAGCGUGCUAUAUAACCUCUAGCUGCAUCAAUUGAUAUUGCAGAGUUGAAAAAAACUUCUCACAUGUCGAGCUGAUUGAGAGAAGCUUCUACCAUGUCAGCCGUUCCAAUGCCUAGGCCUCGAAGCUCGCCUGCUCCGGUAACCCCACAGAGUAGUGCUGGCAAAGUUUUGGAAAAGGAGAUAGAGAGCCUCAAUAAUGACUUUGAGCUUCGUAUUCCAAAUCCAAAAUUCCGUUCUCCAGGUUCGCAAUCGCGGGGCAAUAGGUCGAUAGAGGAACAAUGUCACAUUUGGCUAAAGGAACUGUUUUGGAAAGAUCGUACAGCAUUUGAUCGCAGUCUUUCAGACUUCAGAGAGCAAAUUAAUACCAAUAUCAAAGAUGCUAGAGACAAUCACUGGGUACAUAAGCCAAACCAGGAUUCUAGUACCAUACCGUCCCGUGAUAACUUCCUACGAACGGAUGACUACCGGAGAGUAUCCGAUAGUGAUCGCCAGCACAGAGUGGAAGUGCUCUGGAAUACUCUCCGCUCGGAACUAUGGAUUCUCAGAGACGGGGUCGAUCCUUCGCAAGAUUCUCAAGCUCUAUGUCGUCCUCGAAACCUUGCCAAUGGGCCUUCCAGGCCCAGUGACAGCAGCAACCAGCAUCCUACGGAGGUACCUACGCCUCAACCUAAGAGAAAAUCUGAUCAUGACGAAGAGGUAUUUCACACGGCUCCUAACUCCCCAACUCUGCCUACUGAAAGUGAGUAUCGGUCUUUGGGAAACCUAGACGAAUAUAAAGACCCUAAUUGGGACGAACCUUAUAUAAAUUCACAUAUCAUGGAAGCAACUGACGGUUUGAAUAUGGUCGACCAGAGGACUAUGAAGUCGAAAAAAAGACAAUCUAAAAUUACCGAUCAUAUGCUGAUCACCAAAUUGAGUCGAACUACAGAGAGCAAGCAACCAACAAUUGACUUUCAGAAGAUCUCGACUUCUCAAACUGGCAAUACGUUCACACACAACACUAGUUUUGCAACUACAGUGGACUCCAUUUUCGAGCCUCCGAAUCAACGCGAUCCAGAAACCUCCUUUGCAACUGAUAUCACCGACCAGCUGGAUGAAGCCCUCACAGAGACCGAUUCUGUGGAGGGAGUUAUGCAGAGCGCAGAGUUCUCGACAAUGUUAAAAUCCAUCGAAGAACAAAACCCGGCAUCUUUAGGAACUGAGAACGAGCAAGUCGAUAUCAAACAGAACAUUCUGAAUAAACUUCUCCAACACGGUCCAUUCUCGAAAAAGAAAACUUUCUCAGCUAAAGUUCCUUUAAGAGCUAAAUACGAGCUAGAGCGAGUCAGAAUAGAGUGGAAUGUCGAUCCCAUGCAAAUUCUCGCAGGAGAUAAACCACAUGAGCAAUAUGCUGGUUUCUGGAAUUGGCUGGGUGACCUUGGUCAACGCUUGAGUAAGAAACUCCCGGAGAAACCAUCUCAGCGGGCGUGGAAUUCUGCCAUUGAUAGAUUUCAAGGCGAUCGACAUUCGGAAGUGGUAGUCAUGACUGGUGCUCUUGACUGGUGCACCAAGGGAGAGCCUGGUAUAUUCAAAAUCAGGCUCAACCCAUUGAAGAUGGAACGCACAUGUCGCUUCCAUCGUCGCUUUGGAUCUGAUAGGUUUUUGAGCAUAACAAUUCCUGCACCGUCACAGUCCUCAAGGCACUUACCCGACAGUCAAUCAUUCUUUUGUGACACAAUCACAAAAUGGCUCAGCCACUACGAUCAUUUUCUCCUUGGUAGAGUAUGGCGGGCGUUUUUCAUUGAUGACUAUAAGAAUAAAAACAAGUCUAAAAACGGCGAGCCUAGAUUUCGGGUGGACUUUUUUGCCGUUGACGGCACAGAUUUUAGAAAACUCCCUUCUCCCACCCUUUCUCCAUCCGGUGAAAACAGUCACUCACAUACACCAAUGACGAUAGAACAACUUGUUGACUGGCAUAUUCCGCGUUCACAUAACCAACAUCAAACUGACUGCAAAUUGUUCAACCGGAUCAGCCUUGGGCUUUCCAAGACAUGGGCGACAUCUGUUCUCCGCCCAGAUCAGAUUAGGAAGCUUCAUGAUACUCCUGGCCAGCCUGUUAUGAAUGAUGGAUGUGCUUUAAUGUCCCGGCCACUGGCUCGGGCCAUAUGUGUAGAGCUAGGUAUAGAUGGGAACACACCGAGCUGUUUCCAAGGCCGUAUCGCUGGUGCCAAGGGCCUCUGGAUGGUUGAUAGCGACCAGACUGGUGACUCCUCCUGGAUUCAGAUUUCCGACUCACAGUUGAAAAUCAAACCUCAUCCUAACGAUUUUUUCGGGUUUGUGGAUGAUGAAAAGGUGACAUUCGAGGUUACGGGUUGGGCCAAGCCUCUACGAUCAUCAGAGCUCAAUGCGCAGUUAUUAGAAGUGCUAAACCACCGUGGGUUGCCGAGGAAUCGUAUUUCAGAAUUGGCAAGAAAUGCAAUCAGCGAUCUCUACAUGGAAUUCAAAACUGUUGUAGAGAAAGACAGCAUUCCUCUGGCGAGAGCUUUAAUACAGAAGAUUCGCCCAAUACCGGAAGACGGGUUCUCACGGAACGGCAUUAGAAGGAUUGACGAAUGGAUCAUCCAGAAUACUGAAACUGUUAUUCGACUGCUGGAAGCUGGGUUUUCUCCUCGAAAUUUCAUUCCAUUAAGAAACCGCCUGAGGAUAUGUCUGUCAGAUACGUUGAAUCGAUAUGUAAAUGAGUGUCACAUCCCUGUCCCCUUGUCAACGUACGCAUAUUGCCUCGCCGAUCCAUAUGGCGUCUUGGAGGAAGAUGAAAUUCAUUUUGGUUUUUCCAGUCAGUGGAAGGAUUGUCCCGAUUUUGAAGAUGCCAUGGUAGACGGCGUUGAUGUGCUAGUUGGACGGACCCCAGCACAUUGCCCUUGGGAUAUUCAAAGACGAGAAGCAGUCUGGAAACACCAGCUUCGUCACUUCAAGGAUGUUAUCGUCUUCCCUACCAAAGGAGAUACUCCCCUAGCUAGUUUGUUAUCCGGUGGUGAUUACGAUGGCGAUCGUCCAUGGAUCUGCUGGGAUCAGGGCAUAGUACAAAGUUUCAUGAAUACAACGCCGCCGCCUGAAACGCCGAAACGUGAGACUUUUGGUCUCAUAUCACACGCGCGCUCCAUGGCUGACAUCAACUCGAUAGAAGAUUUUCUCGAAGGCACUUUCCGGUUUAAUCUAACCAUGUCAAAUCUUGGGCGGUGCACUGUAGAGCACGACAAGCUUGUAUAUGAGGAACCAGAAGGAAUCAACUCCCCGAAGGCUCUCGAGCUUGCGGUCCUUCUCAGCUAUCUUGUUGAUAGCAAAAAGGCAGGCCUUCAGCUCACAGAUGAAGCAUGGAAACAAUACCGAAAGAAAAUCAGUCCGCGGGAAAGGAGAACGCCGGCUUAUAAGGAUGCCGACGCAAAAACGGGCAAACCAGGAAACAUCAACGAUUUUGUACGAUUUGAAGUUGCUUAUCAUGAAAGAGAAAGAGUUUUGACAGAGUUCAACGCGCUCUGCCAAUCUGUAGGAGAGGAAAUGCGUGACGAGGAUCUUGUUCGUCCAUGGAAGACAGUGUUGACAAGAGCCGAGCGAGAAAAAAACGAAGAGGCGAAUCCCACCUUAUACACGGCUCUGAAAUUCUUAGAGACGCAGAUCAGCAAGGCCAAUCACAAUUGGGCUGCAGGGUGUAGUCUCGAUAUGUCUAUAUCAGACAAGGUUCAACUUGCAGCGCGUCAGCUCAGUUGGAUCCGGCCUCCAGAUAUCACACAUCCAUUAGGGCAUACAUGGCACAAUAGCGAGUAUGAAUGGCGAACGCUAUUGGCCUCGGGUGCAUAUCGCUUAUAUUGGCGCUCAAAGUUCCCAUUAUAUGCAGCAGGGGAAACACUAUGCUGGAUAAAGACUGGAAAGGAGCCGGCGCGCCUCGUUCGAGACAACGUCUACGUCAGCAUGAAAGUCAACAGCAAAGCGGCACGCCGACUAGCUGAUGCGGAGAUUGAUGAUGCGAGCGACGUCGAGCUGGAUAACGAAGACUCGGAAUUUGAUCAGGAAUCUGUCAUUGAUGCCCUCCUUUCUCUAGACAAUGACAGCCGACUAGGGUUGCGGUAAACCAUAUGACUUUUCACAAUGCCAAACUACCAUCUCAUCACCACGGAAGUAUUCCACCUUCGAUGACUG